AUGGACCGAGAAUAUCAGAUUUCUUUGAGAGAAAGUGUUAUUUGCAGCAAGUAGCUUCUAGGUGGCCAACCUUUCCUGGCCUAAGAAAGCAUAAGGCUUACCUGGGGGUCUAAACUUAGGGAUGGGGCCAGGUGAGUCCUUACGCCACCUUGUAGACCAAAAGAAAUUGCUGUUUGACUCUGGAGGAGGAUGUUUUAGCUCAUUAGAGAGAUGCUCUUAUUGUUGCAGGGCCAACUAUGAAUCAGCAUUUGAAUCAGAAUUUAGCCUCUGUUACGAUGAGUAGUAUUCACAUACUUGCACUAUUUUUUCAUGCUCACCCAAAUGAAAGUAUGAAGAUCAGCCACUGCCCAUUGAUUGUCCAGUCUAGUUAAGCCGUGGCUCCUUGUGCUCUCUCCCAACUGAGCAGAGACAAUGAUACCUGUUUCUCCUCCAGUUCAGGUCACUCCUUUUGGUGCUGGUUCUAGCACUCAUCGUAAGGAGCUCGCCCCAUGGGAGGGUAGCUCAUCCUCGACCCACCAAGAACGGUGGCUCUGAGAGGCAUAAUGAAGACUGCCAGAAGGAUCCCGAAUUCCCUGCAAUGGUGAAAGUUGACAUUCGCAUCAGUCAUUCAGAUUCUGCCUUUAAGAUGAUCCAUGAUGUCAGGAACCGGUCUCUCGCUCCUUGGGAUUACAGGCUCGACAAGGACCCCAACCGCUUCCCCCAGGUGAUCGCUGAUGCCAAGUGCCGCCUCUCCGGCUGCGUGAACACACUGGGGCAGGAGGACCACAGCCUCAACUCCGUCCCCAUCAAACAGGAGAUCCUCGUCCUCCACCGGGAGCAGAAGGGCUGCCCACCCACCUUCCGCCUGGAGAAGAAACUCAUCACAGUGGGAUGCACAUGUGCUGCUCCAGUCAUCCGUUACCAGUCCUAGGAGGAAUUAGCAGUGGGUGCAACACUGGGAAGAAGAGGUGUCUCCUAUGAACACCUCUCAGGAGGAAUCCCAGGCACCCACGUUGCAUUCCAGGAAUUCAGUGUGACUUUUCCUUUCCGAACCUGAGCAAAUUACUUCCUGAGAGUACUAAUUCUUGUUGUUCAUUUGUGGGUUUUAGCACGGGAGUUGCCAGUAGCUAGUGGUGGAGGGGGGAAAGGGAAAUGGAGGGAAAGUUGUGUUUGUGACAGCAAGCAGGGAGGGGGUAAAGCAAUGCUGUCUUUUUCCACUGAGCUUUUAUCACUUUGGUGAAUCAAAUGAAUUAUAGUUUCAAAAUAUGAUCUCAGCAGUAAAUUGCCCAAAUAUAUAGAUGCCAGUCAGCACUGCCAC